GUAGCUAAGCUAUGCUUAACUUGAGCAGCUGCAGCAUCCCAUUAUUGCCCACUUUUCACCCCAAUUGAUUGUGCAUGUAUCUACAUAGGCUGCUCCUAGCUUACCUUCUGAGUUCUGACCAUAGUUGUUGCGCCACAGAACUUUUUUUGGGGCCCUCUAAUUAUACCUAUUACUCAGUCUCUGCCCCCUUCAGUCUAAUUAUUUCACUUGUCUCGUAACUUUUCAUUUUCCCCAUUCCCCUCUCUCUCUCUCUCCUCUAUGGUUUCGUAAAUGUCUGAUUUCAAGGCUAACGGUUCGGCGCCGCCGUCUCUGCCGCCGCCGCAGCCGAGGUCGCCGCCGCAUUUGUACGGGAAGCGGAGGGAGGGAGCCAGGGCUCAGAUGCUCGAGAGGGAGAUUGGCUUUUUAGACGAAGAAUUGAAAUCGCUUGAGAGCAUUCCACCGGCUUCAAGAUCCUGUAAAGAGGUCGCUGAAUUCGUGACAGGAAAUGUCGACCCUCUCAUACCUACGAUUAAGAAGACUCGUAAAUCAUGGCGUUUCUGGAAAUGGUUCUGUGGAGCGUGCUGCUUCGACUUUUCAUGGAUUUGCUGCUGUGGUUGCUCGUGUGAUCUCAGUAUGCCGCGGUGCUGCGACUGUAUGACGUGUAAUUCCUGCAGCAACCCAUGUCGGAACUGCGGAAUACCGGCAUGCUGGUGCUUCCCCUGCAUUAGUAGCAAAUGCUUUAAGAAGUGGAAAUGCAGCCUGAAUUGCUGCUGCUGCCUGCCUAAGCGGCCUUGCUGCCCAACCUGCUCUUGCACAAGGUGUACAUGUCAUCCUAAAUGUCCCAACCUAAAAAAUAUGUGUUCAUGUUGUAACAAAAGCUGCUGCUUCCCUUGCUACUACUGUAUGUAAUUUUUUAUGAAUAUAUUCUUGUCUUUUACUCA